UGUUCAUGAAAUGUUCUGUGAUGCAUAAUUAUAGUUGUAUAUUUAUAUAGUUAAUGUGAGUCGAUAAUGUGUAAUAUUGUUUAUAUUUUAUCCUGAAAUUUUACCAAUGUAAAUUGCGAUCAUGUAUGUGUACAAACAAAUUCUCCUUGCAACUGAUGACAGUGCUGCUGUUUCUGAUGGGGUUGUUGCCAGAUACGGUGUUGUAUAAGUCAGAACUACAGGAUCAUGGCUUCUGUUGGAGAAAUUAAAGCGCAGUGUCCCGCAGAGAGCAUUGAGGCUCUUUCGAAGGAAGCUGAAACUUUGAAGGCAAAACUUGAAGAGGAGAGACAGAAAUUAAAUGAUGUUGCAUUGUCUACAGUAGCUGAACGGCUCGAGGUGAUUAAUUACCUUAAUAUCAAGCCUCGUCGUGUUCUGAAAGGUCACCAGGCUAAAGUGCUUUGCUCUGAUUGGUCACCUGAUAAGCGUCACAUUGUAUCGUCAUCUCAGGAUGGCAAGAUGAUAAUAUGGGAUGCAUUUACGACGAAUAAAGAACAUGCUGUCACUAUGCCUACAACAUGGGUGAUGGCGUGUGCGUACGCACCAUCAGGAAAUUUGGUUGCUUGUGGGGGACUGGACAACAAGGUGACUGUUUAUACUUUAAGUCUCGAAGAAGAUGUGUCAACAAAGAAGAAGACUGUAGGAACUCAUACCAGUUACAUGUCAUGCUGCAUUUUUCCCAACUCUGAUCAGCAGAUUCUGACUGGCAGCGGAGAUUCUACUUGUGCAUUGUGGGAUGUGGAGUCGGGUCAGUUGCUUCAGAACUUUCAUGGGCACACAGGGGAUGUUAUGGCCUUAGAUUUAGCGCCGUCAGAGACCGGAAACACAUUCGUGUCAGGGAGUUGUGAUCGAAUGGUUCUAAUUUGGGACAUGAGAACUGGCCAGUGUGUUCAGUCAUUUGAAGGGCAUCAGUCUGACAUUAAUAGUGUCAAGUUUCACCCAAGUGGUGAUGCAGUGGCCACGGGAUCAGAUGAUUCAACGUGCCGACUAUUUGAUCUUCGUGCAGACAAGGAAGUUGCAAUUUAUAGCAAGGAAAGUAUAAUAUUUGGUGUAAACUCUGUGGACUUUUCAGUGAGUGGACGUCUGUUAUUUGCUGGUUAUAAUGACUAUACUGUCAAUGUAUGGGACUCCCUGAAGUGUGUCCGAGUGACAUUGCUUUAUGGGCAUGAUAACAGAGUAUCGUGUCUCCAGGUAUCACCAGAUGGGACGGCACUUUCUACGGGAAGUUGGGAUUGCACAUUACGGGUGUGGGCCUGAGCUGGUGCAGGCAUCUUUUGAAGAUACCAAAGAGAGUAAGUCAUUUUUGUUGGGGGCGUUAAGCACUUCCAGAUUAAAAAGAAUUGUAUUAGAAUAUAUUUGUUAGGAACAUGCUCACUAUACAUUUAUAUUUAAUUCAUAGUAUUAUUGGAUAUUAUCAUGGUGAGGCACAAACUGUGAUUUUUUAUUUUAAGAUAUUGCUGAUGAUAUUUCAUGUUACAAUCUUGCGCACAUCUGUUCUCGAUGCUACCAGUAGUGUGUGUGGAGAUGAGAUUGUUGUUUAAUUUUAUGUCAUCUACAUAGUUUAGACUUUGGUGUUACAGAUUAUAUACUGAAUGGAGAUGCUGUGAUCUUUUGUGCCAUAUUCAUAUAUGUUGGUCAGUUUUAGAAAGUCUUUUAUCAUUAUCUUAAUAUGAGUGUUAUCUAGUUAACCCAUUCAACUCUUUUGACAAAAUUCAGGUCACUGUGUGUGUAUUUCGUUUAGACAUUCAUAGAUGGCUCCCAGUUAAACAUAUGUCAAAAGUAGAAACACAUGACUUCAGAAUCCCCUGAUUCUGAUGCUGACUUGUGGAUGUGACACCAUUCUCUCGUGCAGAAUGUUUUGGUAGGGCAGUUGACCAUAUAUCUGUGUGUAGAGGGGCAUUUAAAUGAGAGGUGAUUGGGUUAAUACAGUUGAAGUUAUUAUAUAGUUAAAUGUACUAUAAGAACAUGACAUUGAGUAUUAUAUUUUUAAACAUGUCAAGCUGCUGGUGGAAGUUCAUCUAACUGGGUAAGUUGGCUGAGCACCAUAUCCGAUUUGUAUGUAUGAGGUCUGAGUUUGUAUCUUGGCCAUUAUACCAGCGUUUCUAACAGGUUUUCAUUGUGUACGUGUUCUUCCAGAUGAAUAACAGGAUAAAUCCUUGUAAUUUGUCAUGACCACUUCAUCCUCAUCUUUUGUGGUUCAUUGUCCCAAGGAACCUCAAUACAACCUUCACUCCCUAACUCAAUUUUGGAAACUCAUUGACUAACAGUUGACUUAUAUUGGUUUGCUUGCUGUUUGGACGUACGAGACCGAAAAAGUAUCGACAUUGCACAUGCUGACUUUAUUUUGUUUUUAGUUUGGUAAUGUUUUUCAUUUGCAUGGUGUCAUUGGAUGGAUGAUAAUGAAUUACAUGGUCAUUACAUGUUUAAAGGUACUAUACCAGAAUUUUUCAUGAAGGUACUGUAGAAUGCUGUAGCAGAUCUGUCAGGAUAACCAGCCUCUAGGCUCAGAUUCAAACCCAUGA